AUGGAAACGAUAUACGAUGAGAUAGAAAUAGAAGAUUUCACCUUCGACCCAAUAACGCAGUUGUUCCAAUACCCGUGUCCCUGUGGUGACAAGUUCGCGGUCGGCAUAGAUGAUCUUCAAGAUGGUGAGGACAUAGCCAUCUGCCCCUCUUGUUCCCUCAUGGUUCGAGUGGUGUUCGACCCAGAAGACUUGAAAGAGUACUAUGACCAAUUGGACUGA